UCCAUUCCCAUUCCAAAACUGCUUCGUUUUCUUCGUCUUUUCCUUCUCAGUCUCCUUCUCUUAUCUUCCCUCUUCCAUAAGGAAUUCUCCAUUAGGAACUUUCUAGAAUUAUUAUAAUUAUAACCACAACCCCAACCCAACCAAAUCCUUCCGUGCAUCAAAAUAUCUCCCAUUUUUGUUGGAUAGCAGUUAAUGCUAUGGCUUCCCCACCGGUGGAGCAAAAUGGUGAGACCACGCCUACUGUUGGAGACUCUCAAAGAUCUAUUCCGACGCCGUUUUUGACGAAAACCUAUCAAUUAGUUGAUGAUCACACCAUUGAUGAUGUUAUUUCUUGGAACGACGACGGAUCCACCUUUGUCGUUUGGAACCCCACCGUUUUUGCCAGAGAUUUGCUACCGAAGUAUUUUAAACAUAACAAUUUUUCCAGUUUCGUUCGUCAGCUCAACACCUACGGAUUCAAAAAAGUGGUACCUGAUCGGUGGGAGUUUACGAACGAAUGCUUUCGCAGAGGCGAGAAACAGCUUUUACGUGAAAUUCAGCGACGAAAGAUUUCAACAGUUGCGACGACAUCGUCACCAGGUAGAGUAACGGCAGUUCCAGUGGCGAAACCGAUGGUGUCGCCGUCGAAUUCUGCGGAAGAACAAGUCACUUCGUCCAACUCAUCUCCAGUGCGGCGAACCGCUCAUCCUUGUGAACAAGCCUAUGCUGAAAUAAUGGAAGAAAAUAAGAAAUUGAAGAAGGAAAAUGUACAGUUAAAUAAACAGCUGACGGAGAUGAAGAAUCUCUGCAAUAAUAUAUUCACAAUGAUGUCGAAUUACGCCAGUGCUCAAUCGUACACCGGUUAUCAGGCGCUUGAUCUGUUGCCGAUGAAACGGUUAUCCGGCGAGGAGGAGGUGAGUCCGAGGUUGUUCGGUGUGCCGAUCGGUGUAAAACGCGCGAAGGUAGGCGAAGGUGCGGGAACGGAGGAGGACGAGACGCUGUUGAAGUUGCGACUGCCGGAGGCUCAGGCAGUGAAAUCUGAACCGUUGGAUUGCCAGAGAAGCGGUGAUGAUCACCGUAAUCAUCAAGACACGCCGUGGCUCCGGCAAAGUCACCGACCUAAUCAGAGGGUCUGUAACUGAUAAUCUUUAGUCGCAUAACACGCUGAUCCGGUGAUCACUAACAGUGUAAUGCGGUGCCUGCCUGUAGAGGAAUAGGCACGUGAUUGCCGUGUCACGUGAUUUGUGAAGUAGCUAGAAUUUAUUUUUCUUUUUUUUAAUAUUUGCAUUCUAGGUAAAGUAUUUAAGGGAAAAACUCAAACUUGAUUCACAUUGUGUUCUAACAAUGGAAUGAAAAUCAUUCUUAUUUUGAGUAAA